AUGAAGAGGUCUUUAGCAAAGGAAAUCAGGAAAUCACGCCACAAUAUGAACAUGCAAGCAGUUUGGGAUGCCAACAUCUUCAUUGUUGCCAAACACAGGGUUGUCCAGCCGUGCCACAGAGCGGAAAGACAAACACGGAUGAUGGACUCGGUCCAGUAUGCGGAAUUUUGUGAAAGUCGGCAGUUGAGUUUCUCAAAGAAAGCCUCCAAGUUUCGUGACUGGUUGGAUUGUAGCAGUAUGGAAAUAAAGCCAAAUGCAGUUGCAAUGGAGAUUUUGGCGUAUUUAGCGUAUGAGACCGUGGCACAGUUGGUGGACUUGGCCCUGUUGGUUAAGCAGGACAUGGCUCCCAAAGCUGGUGACCCAUUCAGUCACGCCAUAUCUGCCACCUUCAUACAGUAUCACAACUCUACUGAGCCACAUCUCUUAGGACAAUCUACAAGCAUGAAGACCAGUCUUGACUCUCCUGAAAACACACCACCUCCUACACCCACACCCCCAGCAUCAGCAGGACAGCAACAUCUUGGGAAAACCCCAUCAGGAGCCCUGGGGAAUGGUGGAAUUGGACAGGACUCUACCAAAUCCAAACAAAGGAAAAGAAAAAAGAGCACUGCAGCCUGUGGUAUAGAGGCUCAAAGCGAUGCCAUCCAGCCCAGCCACAUCAGAGAGGCGAUUCGACGCUACGGCCACAAGAUUGGCCCCCUUUCCCCAUUCACA